UUUAAUUCAAUUGUAUUUCUCACCUUCUUGAUCAGAGAGUUGUGGCAUACUGUAAAUGUAUUAGUUUGCAAAGAACUAUAGUGUCAAAAUAAGUGACGGAGUUGGGUAACAAUGGCUUCCAGUUCCGGUUUCCAAGCAAAUAGGCUGCAAAGAGGGAUGCUUUGCAAUACAACCACAGCUCGACUCACAAACUCGACUCAGUGUAUUAAUAACAUGACAGGACACGCCCAAUAUUAUUAAAUAAUACACCAACUGGGAACAUUUCUACCCCAAAUUUUCAGCAUAAAUUAAUUAGCUAACUGCAUCUCGUGCCAAAUGACAUCUCACUACAACUGUGCUUGUUUGACCACCCUGUGACGACUAGACUAUUACAUGCCACCCAAUAAUUCUGAAUACCAGGGGUCCUCAAUUACAUUCGUACAAGGGAGAACAGAAUUUGGGCCGGAUAGUACCUCUUUUAAUAUAACCCACAGGGUUUGAAUCCCCAUCCACUUGUCCCCACUGCGCGAAAAAGCCACUUGCAGAAGAAGUAUUGCAUAAAUGAGCACUUUUCUGUGAGACUAAGUGGUUUCAUUAUUUGGGUCAUGUGGCCUGCCUAUUGAGGACAACUGCUGUUUACUGUAUAUCAUUCCCAUUUGUGGUUUCAUUUCGAAAGUAAGAAUGUUCACAGCAUUUUAGUGUUCCUGCAGGUAGGCCUAUCAGAUUGUAAAGAAAUUAUAGUUUGUACGUGCUUAACUUGUGGUGAUUUUGGGAGGAUAUGUCCCAUCCAUCCAUCCAUUUUCUGUACUGCUUGUCAUCACUGGGGUGAUGCUAAGCCUAUCCCAGCUGUCUUCAGGCGUGAGGCGGUGUACUCCCUGGACUGGUUUAAAGUUCCCAUAUUGUCCAAUUUCAGUAUGCGGAUCAAAACAAGAUCCGCUGUGCCGAAUCCAUAAGGAAAAAGCUGAAAAAAAACAAACAAAAAGUCAAAUUCCAGUGUUGAUAGAUAUUGGUAUAGACAUGAUUAGUAUUUAAGAAAUUAUACUUAACAUAUGUUGACAUAUAAUUCCCUUAUAUAUAACAUGGCUGUUAUACAAUUUAUUUUUAUUCAUCUUUCAUGAACUGGUACCAAAGUCGUGACGUCACACACGUACCUUAUUCAUAUACAGUAAUGACCUAAAGUCCUUGCGCAAGUAAGGACGCCUCUGUUGGGAUGUAAUUUAUAUAAACAGUAAUUAGCGAUUGUUUUAGCGAUUUUUUAAACCACAAUUUAAAUCAAGUAAGGCCUGUUUACGUGCUAGCUAGCGCCUGUUUACGUGCUAGCUAGCGCGUGUGUAUUAGCAACAUGCUAAUCGCAAUUAAAGCCAUAGAGAGGCUAGCUAACCCCGCCUGAUGCGUUAUUAAAGAGGACCCCGACCCUCAUAGACUUAACGCCAUUGUUGCGUAAAUUCGUGGAUUACUUGUCAAAAAAGAGACAACCCACGGUACGUGUAACUUUCAAAACACUUACUCUCGGGGUUCGUCACAGACAGUUAGCAAAGGAGAAGCCCGACUACGAGUGUUACGUCAUGCGUGCUCAGGUGGACAGAGAGCGGGGAGUAGGGUGGACUUUGAGGACCCUUCUGGACACACCUUCCCGUGUCCUUUACGAUUAUAAUACGUGGCGGUACGAACCAUGGUGUCAUAAAGCAUCUGAAAGAUAAAGCUACACCCACGGUAUAUUUACUAGAAUGCGUCUUCUACGGGUGGAGAACCUCCGAGGCGAGUUGACUGGGGCGUCCAUGUCCUCGUCAGAAGAGCCGGGCGUACAGUCGGACCACCACCUCCACCACCACCACCCGGUCCCCCCAAGGAUGGACUCCUCUGGCUCCGAGGACAAUCAGUUUUCUCCCGGAGCCCGAAUUCACUCCAAAUCAUCCGGCUACGACGUGCUUUCAGUUCUGGGACGAGGCGCCUUCGGUAAUGUUGUCAAAUGCCGGAAGACUACUGACAACAAGACGGUGGCGGUGAAGACCAUCAAGAACCACGGUACUUCAGCAAAACGGGCCAUAUAUGAGAUUCUGGCCCUCCUUAAGAUCAAAAAGAUGGAUGCUGACAAAUGCCACCUUGUGCAAUGGAACAGCAUCUUCAGCAUCACUGGGCAUGUUUGCAUUGAAUUUGAGCUUCUGGACAAAAGUCUCUAUGACUUAAUUAAAGAACGGAAUUUCAGACCUCUGCAGCUGAAGGAGAUCCGGCCGAUUGUCCAUCAGUUAGCAGACACUCUGAACCAUCUGAAGGCUUCUCAGAUCAUUCACGCAGACCUCAAACUGGAGAACGUGAUGCUGGUCAACCAUGUUCAGCAGCCCUACAAGCUCAAAGUCAUCGAUUUUGGCCUGGCUGCUCAGGUUUCCACCGCCAAACAGGGCUCGCUCAUUCAGACGCUCCCGUAUCGGUCUCCAGAGGUCCUGCUUGGUGCCCCUUUCACAGAAGCCAUAGACAUCUGGUCCGUAGGCUGCAUCGCAGCUUUUUUAUACACAGGCACUCUGCUCUACCCUGGCAAAAGUGAAUACGACAUGAUCAGGUUCAUUGUGGAGACUCAAGGUCAGCCUCCGGAUAACGUACUAGAAGCUGGACUACAGACGAGCUGCUUUUUUCAGAUGGAACGCAACUUUGCCUGGAAGCUAAAGACACCAGACCAGUACCAGAAAGAGACCAGUUUGGUCCCCAAAGAGACCAGACGAUUUAAGUUCCGCUCGCUUGAUCGCCUUUUGCAUUUCCAGCCCGGCAUCUUGAACACGCGGCACAUUGCAAACAAAGCUGCCAAGACUGCAGACGUGCAGAAGUUUGUAGAUCUGCUGAAGGGGAUGCUGCAGCUCGAUGCCUCCCAACGUAUGACACCUCACCAGGUGCUGGAGCAUGACUUCAGCAGCAUGAGCCACUUGGACCCACUUAAAGACACCAGCUCUCACGUGCAGUCCUGCUUUCACAUCAUGUCCGUCUGCUCCAACAAGACCAUGUUGCAAUCGUUCAGCGGGAAAGGAUUCAACUCGUCCGAGGCACAAGACGACGAGCCAUGCUGUAGCCCAGCCUCACCAGAACCGUACGAAAUCAUGGCCCAAGAAGAGCGGUCGGACCCGAGUUGACACCGUAAGGCCAGGGUGAACAGGGUGAGGUGACUUAGGGCCUUAUGAAAUCCAUUUUAUUUUUUCCCAAAUUCCAUUCUAUUUUUUCCUAAAUUCCUUUUUUUUGUUUUUAUUACAUUUAUUCUUUUUACACGUAUUUUAUCACCAUAGAUUGUGUUUACUUGUGUCAAUGAAUAAAAUGUCUGCUAAAAUACAUGCAAAAGUCCUUACAUUUAUUGUAUUUUUCAAACUUUUCAUUGCUAUAGAAUAGUCAACAAUCAUAUCAGUGCUUAUGUGUAAAGAAUAGGGAUGAGCCGGAUACAUUGUAGACAAGUAUUUGUUAUGCAUAAUGCAUUUUUUCUGAUUACGAGCAUGAAACGAGUAGAGCUCGUCAUGAUCGGUAAACGCAAUGAAAAUCCUCAUUAGGAUUCUCCGAUAUUGUCCAAAUAAAUUUCCAAUUUCAAUAUGAACACCCAUGUGUGUAACGUCACAUACUUUGCUUGAAGAUGGCCGAGUGGUUAGCAUGUAGGCCAGGAGAUCAGGGAGACUUGGGUUCUAUUCUCCAUUCGGGUAUUCAUCUCUGUAGUUUGCAUGUUUUCCAAAUUAAAACCGUGCUAUGUGAACGGUUACUUCCUUGUUCAUGGAUGAUGAUACUAUCAACUGUUGUAUUCGCAUGAUAUCAAAACAAAACAGCCUCUUCUUAGUCUAUGUGCUACCAUUCCUUACAUUUUUUGGGGAUGUUUGGGUUUUUUCUGCAUGCAAACUGUACAUUCCUUGUAUUUCCUCUGUCAGGAUGUCUGAACACCACAAGGCCUUACUUCCAUGUUGUGGUUUAUCACCUCUAAUACAAAGUAAAUGUUAUGCGCCCUCUAGCCCAUUGUUAAGUGCACUUUGGCCCAUCUGAUAGCUAAUACAGCGCCAUUAAGUGGACCGAUAACGUGCAGCUGUGUCAUCGUCAUUCUGCCUGCCCGCCUCGCCUCGGCAUCCCGUCUCCCACCACCUAGCCUUUUAAUCCUCCAAUAAAACCCAUCGUGCUCUCACUGCCACCGAGGUGUCGGCGUGUGCCGUUGGCUCCAGGAAAUGAACAAUCCCCUAAACACGCUUCUUGAUGAAUGUAGUGUUUCAUCACCUUGGUGCCCAUGCGUCUGAUUUGUGUGCAGGGAGACUUGCACUGGAGGCUUAGCAGAUGAAUAGUCCAUGCCUGGGAGCUGCUUAGUGCGUGGCACACAUGGGACGGGGCUGGCCAUGUUGCAAUGCGACAGCUGGUUGACGACAACUGGUGAUACAUUAUGCAAAUGGGAGUAACUCUUCAACUUGGAUUGUAGUGGUUGAUCAGACUCAAGCAAGAGUUAUUGCAAAUAUGUGGAAGUAGAUGGGAGGUGGUGGUUACAAGACUUGCAGCGUCAUUCUACAGUAGAUUUUGAUGGCACAAUUUACCUUUUGGUCUGUCAAUUGGUCUGUCCAAGUCU